UUUUUCUAGCCUAAUUUUCUUUUAUGGUAUUGAUUAGUUAUUAGGCCUUAAUAAAAUGUUUUUUCUGUUUACCUCAACGUUUAUGCACAAUUAUUUUAAUGAUCAGUUAAAAAAGAUCUUGUGAACAGGCAAAAAAUGAAGAAAAAUACCUUUUAAAUUUUAACAAGUGUUUUUUUUUUCUUUUUGAUUUUAUUGUUUUGCUAAAGUAAAGUCAGGCGUUUAAAUUAAAAUAAAUGUAAAGUAAUCAUUGCUGAAAUAAACGUUUUAAAUGAUGAUCAUUUCAAAAUAUUCGUGUGGGCAGGUGCGAAAAUGACUUCCUAUCAUUUAUUUGCUUAUUUGCUUGUUUUUUUCGAGCGACUUUAAUAACAUUGUAAUUGAUUUUUAGGUACUAAAUUUCCUAAUUUUUCUUUAAUAAAACUCAAAGUUUUUUGGGGAUUCAAAAUAAAAAGGGGCAAAUUUUGUUCUCAUAUUUGUUUUACUUAGGGAUCGUCCACAAAUUUCGUCCCAUUAACGAGACGCUAUAAGACGAAAAAGUUAAAAAAAAUUCGUCUCGUUUUGUUCUUAAUUGAAAUUGAGACGAUUUAAAAAUCGUCUCAUAAAUAUCAGGAGACGAUAUUUUGUCAAUUCGUCUCAGAAUAAAAAAAGUGGAACAAAAUAUUUUAAGACGAAUUGAGACGAAUUGAGACGCUGCGGUAAAAUCACGGAGACGAAUUGAGACGAAUUAAGACGCUGCGGUAAAAUCACGGAGACGAAUUGAGACGAAUUAAGACGCUGCGGUAAAAUCACGGAGACGAAUUGAGACGAACUAAGACGACAGGGUUUCUUAAACACGAAAAUUUAUUUAAAAAGCUAGUGUUUUUUAAAGUGGUUUUAAUGUAUUCAGAUAUUUCAGAUAGCGACAGCGACCUAGAUUGGUUGUUUACGGACGAUUCUUUGUCCGAUGAUGAAAAUGAAGAUUACAUCAACGAAAUUUUACAAUGCGCUUCAAAAAAACGAGGCAGACCAGCGCUACACGAGCAACAUCCGGGCUUGGUUCCAUGUAUCGCAUCCUACAUAAGUCAGAACUCGGCCGAGGCCCAUUUGAGGCGCAGAGACAGUAUUAUGUACACAAAUGGUGUAAGCUUAAAAGAUAUUGUCUCUCACAUAAAAAGUACGCUCGGGUUAAAUGUGAGUAAGAGCGCAGUGCAUUACCUCAUGAGACCGAGGAGAAAAAAAACCACUUCGAGCAAGCGUCACAAAUCGUUGGUUGAUGCACGUGUUCCGCCCAAGCGCAACACGGGAGAAAAAAAGAUCCAUGAAGAUUUUCAUUUUUCUUGCUCCCAAGUUAACUUGGUUAAUGAGUUAGCGCAGUUAUGCAAUGAAAACACAAUCUCCUUGUCAGUUGACAACAAAAACAAGGUGGAUGUUGGUAUUCCCGCCACGAGUAGACGUGCGCAAAUCCGACGUUAUCACAUCGAAAAUGAGGCUCCCAUUUACAAUGACCACGACUUCCCCUAUCCGAAUAGUAAAUUAACCCCAGCAGGUUAUCAACAAUUAAAGGUGAGAAUAACAAGAUCACGCUCAUUAUCUCCAACCCGCCAGCCUUUAAAAAUAAAUAGAAAAAGGUCUUUGUCUGAAGGAAGCAGUUUUCUGGUCCUAAAAUCAGAAAGAACCAAGGACAAAGUUGGUAGAAGCAAAAUCAAAUGGUCCCGUAAAGGUCCGCUUUUCAUACAUUUAUAUCCUUCACGUUUAGUAGAAGCCACCAACGUCAUGCAUGUAAACUAUCUUCUUCAUCUUUUGCAACAAGAAAAAAAAAUUAAAAAUGUUUAUAACGUCGUUGCAAUUGCAGAUGGAGGCCCCGACUGGUCAACAAAAGCAGUAGUUAACCUGAUGUCGUUGGGUUAUUUGUGGUUGAAUUUACGUUUAGAUUGUUUGAUCGUUCAAUGUUACGCUCCGGGGCACUCCCGUUUUAAUCCUAUAGAAAGAUGUUGGUCUUUCCUCACCCAGCAGCUGGUAGGAGUAACGCUUCCCGUUGAGGUUGAUGGAAAAACACCUAAUCCAAAUGAUUCUGAAAAAUGGUUAAACGUCCUCGACAAUGCUGCAACGGUUUGCUCAAAGUUUUGGAACAAUAAAAUAUAUGAUGGUUUUCCAAUAAAAGUAGAAACCUUCCUAUCUACAAAUCCGUUGCUGAAGGAUAUCAAGUGCGCGCACGAUACUAUCAAAAGAUUUUGUGUUGCAUCCAGAAAAUCGAUAAAAUCUUCUGUUGAAUUUACAGAGCUACAACAGAAAUACCGCUUUUUCGUGAAGCAUUGUACGAGGAAAGCGUAUCAAAUUGAGUUUGUACGUUGUACUAGCACAGAUUGUGACCAUUGCUCAUCCUUGCCACUUCGGAAGAACCAAUUUUUAGACGUGAUAAGAGAAUUUGGAGGCACGUGUCCAACACCACAACAUAGUGAUUUUUUUGCAGGUCACUAUAAAACGCUCAUCGAGAUGGUACAGUCACAACUAUGCCGAAAUAUUUCUAGUGCAUCGCGCAUCAUGCCCUGCCUUACAACAAAAUAUGAUGUCUGCAAUCAUGGCUGCAGAUACGCUUUUUUUUCAGAAGCAGACAAAACCCGACACAUGAGGUUAAUGGACCAUUAAUGGACAUAUUUGCUACUCGGGCUACUUAAGGCCAGUCCUUUUUUAUUUC